UCACCAUCUCUCCAGAGUGACUUGCAUGAUGGGGACGAGUCGUCGUGGUCAGCCGGCUGGAUCACUCCCCGGUUGGGGGUCUGUGGCCGUAGAGCCACAGUCUUUCCAGCUGGCUUGAGUUGCGUGAAGAAUUAUUGAUGGGCUGCUGACUUCAGAAAAGGAGGAUGUCUGAAGACGAGGAAAAGGUUCAUCUACGUCGCCUUGAACCAGCUAUCCAGAAGUUUAUUAAAGUCGCCAUUCCAACGGAUCUUGAGAGAUUGAGGAAGCAUCAGAUAAAUAUUGAAAAGUAUCAGAGAUGCAGGCUGUGGGGCCGGUUGGAUGAAGAGCACAUCAAUGCAGGCCGUACGGUCCAGCAACUGCGAGCGAAUAUCCGAGAGAUGGAGAAACUUUGUUCCCGAGUCCGGAAGGAAGACAUCCAAGCUUUGCAGAGAAUGAUUGACCCAGUGAAAGAGCAGGCCCCGCUCGCCGUAAAAGGGUUCCUACAGCUCCAUUCAGAGUCUGCAGAAGAACUUAAAAAACAGUUCGGUGAGACCGAGGGGCCUUUAACCAGAUCGACAACUGUAGGAGCAGAAACGUUUUAUCACCCGGGAGACGAAGUACCUUCUCCGCAUUUUACCCAGAUGCUUUCCCCGCUCCCCGAGAUUCCCCAGGAUCAAAACGCUGCAGAGUCUUGGGAGGUUCUGGAAGAGGACCUGAUUGAACUCAGCCAUCUGGUGACCGACUUUUCUCUGCUAGUUAAUGCUCAGCAGGAAAAGGUGGACAGGAUUGAAGACAACGUCAACACCGCUAUUGCGAAUGUUGAAGAGGGGACCAAGAGCUUGUCCAAGGCUGCCAGAUACAAGCUGGCCGCCCUCCCUGUGGCAGGGGCCCUCAUUGGCGGCGUGGUAGGGGGCCCCAUCGGACUCCUGGCAGGCUUCAAAGUGGCGGGCUUAGCGGCCGCGCUCGGCGGGGGAGUCCUGGGCUUCACCGGCGGAAAACUGAUCCAGAGGAAGAAGCGGAGGAUGAUUGAGGAGCUUUCCUGCAGCUGCCCAGACCUCGCCAGGGAAAAUGACAAAAAAGGCAGCUGAAGUUGGCGGUCUCUCUCUCUCUCUCUCUCUGUUUGUGUGUUUCUCUCUCUCUUCUCACUACCUCUUCCUGGCCACUACUGUGGCCCUCGCUCUUGGAAUUCGGCCCAGCCUGUGAGAACGAGUCAAGCCCUGGUGUUUUCUCCUGCCAAGGAGGUGGAAACGAUGGACCCUGACAGACUUCUGGGAUUCACGCAGAAGAUCCGUUCGUUUUUGAGUAAGAAGAAAGGCACGAUUCAGCCUUAAAUGACGGGGGAGGCAAGCCUGAGGAUGGGGUUCAAAAGAGCCCCUUUUUUGUCUUCCUUCCUCUUGUGCCAGACUUGAAGAUAAUCGUAAUAUUCACCACAUGCCUUUUCCUACUAUAAAAUGGAAGGGAGGCGAGGAGAGAAUUUUAAGACAUAAUAUGGUUUGGUGCUUAAGCAGCUCUUCCUUCAAAUAUUUUAUUCUGCUCACGUACACAAAGGUCAACUUGGGUUAUUUUUCUACUUCUCGGCUGGAUCUGUAGAGGUGGCUGUUCAUUCUUUUGUGGUCUCGCGCCUGUGUGUGCCACACACACACACACACGCGGCCACCUUCUCCUUUUCUGGAGAACUACAUGCUGGGUUUUCUUUUUAAUAACCACAGAGUUGCCCCUCGUUUUAAUGUUGGUGAUUCUGGGGCAGGAGGCCAGCUCUCUUUAUAAAAAGGGGGGCGGGUGGGCUUUGAGAAAUGAUCGGAACUGGAAUGCGUGUAGGCAUUUUCACCAUGGCCAACGGAUCUUCAAAACCACCUUCCCCAGUCUGUCCCUGGUUAUUUUGAGGAGGUUUUUCUUAGUUGGACUUGGGUAGGGUUACAGCUCUUCAUCUUUGACUGCUUGUUUGACUGCGCCACGAUUUCUCCGGGAGCCCCCUUUCCCAUUGCCGUGCCAGCUGAGAAGCGUUAAAGGGAGGAAGAACCAUCUGUCAACAAGGAUGCCAAACGAUGCCAACCGGAACCCCUUGCUCACCCGGAAAGCAGAAAGUGACUCCAGUUUUUC